AUGAGUGCCCUCGCGUCGAAACAGCAAUCGCUCAAGAUCUUCGAGAAGUUGAAGACGAAGCCGGCCAACAAGAUAUGCUUUGACUGCGGACAGAAGAAUCCCACAUGGACGUCGGUGCCUUUCGGCAUCUACCUGUGUCUGGACUGCUCCUCCAAUCACCGUAACCUCGGUGUUCACAUCUCCUUUGUGCGAUCGACAAACCUGGAUCAGUGGCAAUGGGAUCAGCUUCGAGUAAUGAAGGUCGGCGGCAACGAGUCUGCGACCAAGUUCUUCCAGCAGAACGGAGGUACCGCGGCAUUGAACAGCAAGGAUCCCAAGACCAAAUACCAAUCCAGCGCUGCUACCAAGUACAAGGAUGAGCUGAAGCGACGUGCCGCACGUGAUGCUCUGGAAUACCCCGAAGAAGUUAUCAUUGAUGCUGUUGAGGGAGAUGGUAGCUUCACCCCUGCCGGAGAGCCAGAUGAUGAUUUCUUCUCAUCUUGGGACAAGCCCACGAUCAAGAAGCCGACGCCCCCAAUCUCACGAAAUGCGACACCUCCGGUCGUUGGCCGCACCCCAUCACCAUUCCUUACCGCCGGUAACAAGGAUGUCCCACGUGCGGCAUCGCCUUUAUCAAAGACCGACUCAACAGAGACGAAGCCUGCGGCCAGUCGAAUUACUACAUCUGCUGCCCUGCGCAAAACGGCCACGGGUGCUGGUGCCAAGAAGACAAACAUUCUCGGUGCGAAGAAGGUGCAAAAGCUAGGCGUCAAGAAGGUCACUGGAGAUAUCAUCGAUUUCGACGAGGCGGAGAAGAAGGCCAAGGAGGAGGCAGAGCGUAUUGCCAAGCUUGGAUAUGACCCCGAAGCUGAAGAGGAGCAAGCACCAAAGAGCAGCGCGGCUUCAUCUGCCGCCGCUAUUAUUUCCCCGACCCCCAUCAGCCCAGCUAGCAGCUCACACACACGGCAAAAGUCGAAUGCUGAAAUGGAGCGAUUGGGUAUGGGCAUCGGUCGCCUUGGAUUUGGCCAGAUUGGUGGCGCCAAGGCCGCUGCUUCAGCUUCCUCAGCAAAGAAGAAUGCCGGUGGCUUCGGCUCUGUUGGACCUGUAAAGGCAUCUGCUGCAGACGAGUCUGAGACGUUUGCUCGCAACAAGUUUGGCGCCCAGAAGGCCAUCUCCUCUGACGAGUACUUUGGCAAGGGCUCCUAUGACCCCAAUGCUCAAGCCGAAGCCAAGACCCGACUUCAAGGAUUCGAGGGAGCCACCGCCAUCUCUUCAAACGCCUACUUUGGACGAGAGGAGGAAGAAGAGGUUGAGGAUUAUGGUGAUCUCGAGUCAGCUGCCAAGGACUUUGUGCGCAAGUUUGGAAUCACUGCCGCUGAUGAUUUGGAAAACCUGUCCACCGUCAUUGGCGAGGGUGCUACCAAGCUACAGAGUGCCAUCCGUUCUUAUCUUGAUGGUUAA